UUGACACUACCGUUGAUCAUGAGCAUCACACCAAUUGUUGCCUCAUUUUCUUUCACCACCAACUGGUAAACAGGGAAAAGACUAUAUUCCAAUAACCUACUUUUAUAUUUAUAUUAUAAUUCUUUAUUUACAUGCUCCGUGGUAAUCUGCUGGACGAUUACCUUUGUCAAAAGGAUUCUGUUUUUAAUUUUUACUGUCAUGAAAAAUUUGCAGUGUUCUGCUGUUUUACUGUUGUGCAUAUUAAUUUAUAACAAAUGUGUGGGACUGCGGAAUUUUACCACGAGACCAGUCGCUUCGCUUGUAAUCCGACCCAAUGCGCAUCAACCUAAUCAUCGCAUAUUAAUGCCGCACAUUGGCUCAAAUCACGAUGGAUUAAUUCAGGGGAAAGCCAUUAAUACCGAACCCUUUUAUCUGGAAUGGCCAGAACCGAGAAGAAUUUAUUUCGAUUUGGACAGUUCUUACACUCAGAAUGAACGAGUAAAUAUAAUCCAAGCCAUGGGACAAAUUAGUGCGGAUACGAAAGGAUGUGUUCGUUUUGUACCGUAUAAUCCGUCAAAUCAGACAGACUUCAUCAGUAUUACACCGCUGGAAGAUGCCGGGUCAAUGCGUUACGGGUGUUGGUCCUUUCCUGGUCGGGUGUUCAAUCAAAACGGCCGCGGACAGCUGCUAGGGCUAACAAGAGGCCCAGCGGGCUGCAUUAAUAAUCAACGGGAACUGAUGAAAACCCUCGUCCACGUACUGGGCUUUCGAAUGGUGCCCAAUCGGCCGGAUCGAGAUGCAUAUAUUACCAUCAACUAUGAAAAUAUGGCCAGAGAAUGGCGAUCAAUCGAUCCUUAUAGAAAAUAUUCCGAAUCCCAAGUUAUUUAUCGCAGUUUGCCGUUCGAUUUUAACUCCAUUACGUUCCACGUUCCUACGAAGUUUUCACGGGAUGGCACCUCACCGGUUUACACAAUAAACGACAACUCCAAAACUGCUGGGGCACAACCGCGGUUGAGUUUCUGGGACUGCGUGGGAAUAUCGGCUAUCUAUAAAUGCAACCCCAACUUCUGUCCAGAUGCCUACGGCGAUAUGGACCCCAAUCAGCUGCCCACCAACCGGCCACCGAUAACCGGAGGCGGUACAACCCAACCCACACCGCCAACGCGCCCCACCCGACCCACAGUACCCGACAUCCCGACACCGCCCACGCAACCGACCAUCCCGACGUUCCCCACACCACCCCAACCGGAUACCACCCGUCCCACAAGGCCGACCCCGCCCGACAGCGGAACCACGCCCACUUCCCCGGACUUCCCCGAUCCCGAGGAGUUUACGCUACCCACCACGACCGAGGAGCCGGAGACCACCACCGAAGAUCCCAAUGCAAUCACGACGCCUUUUACCUUCGUUACGUUUACGAGGCCGUCGCGGACGCGCCCGCCACCACGCCCCAUUACAACCGCCAGCACAACGAACGUCAAUCCGCCUAUUAAUCCACCGUUCCCGAAUAAUCUUAACAUCCCUACCAUCAAUCCGACAACCAAUUCGGUGCUAACAGCGAUCUGCCGACCAACAUUCCGGGUGGAUGCUGCAGUGUUUUCCGAGAACGGGAAAAUCUAUCUGUUUUCCGGAGAUCGCUUCUGGACCAUGGAUAUACGCGGUGAUGUUAUUGAUGCAGGAAUUAACAUUUUAGACAGCUUUGACGGCCGUGUACAGCCUCCCAUACAAGCCGCAUGGUCAGAUGGAAAACAGACCACACUUGUCGACGCGAGUCGGAAGGAAAUUAUUGUCCGAAACGAAAGAUUCAUCAGCAUAAACCCCAGCCUUUUCCCAAAAAUCCAGUCGUUAACGGAAGCUUUCUUAUAUAACUUUACAACUGGCCCUGCUGUUUAUUACAUUACAAAUGACGGUACAGAGAUUCAGAUUGGUGCCGACGGACCGUCCAAGAAAUUUGCCGAAGUCGCCAUGAUUGGGCUAGGCCCAAAGAUCGACGCUGCAUUCACGGUGCCCAUGCUGGCUUCACAGAUGAUCGGUCUGUUUUCCGGCAACGAUUUUGCUUAUGUGGUGCCGUGCACAAUGAAUAUCGCCCAGGACCCCUCACCGUGCUUCCAGUCCUUACCGGUCGGCACGUGGCCGGUGCCCUUUAGUAAUAUGGUCUCUUUUCCACAAGGAAACUGCAGGAGAAGGAUACGUCUACGAUUCCCGCACUUCCGACAGUUGUAGUUGUAGCUCUUUUUAUAUACAUUUUGUUGUUUGGGGGUUUAUACGGUGAUUAUUUUGUACGAAAUCGUUUUGGAAGGAAGUAAUCGGUAAAUUUAUAACUGCAGUCGACAAAGGAUUUGAAGGCAAAUCUUUGAACCAAAACGUCGCGGAAUGUGCCGAGAAGUACAAGCGUAUGUACAGCAAUAAGCGGCUACUUUGCUAAUGCCUUCAGGUAUAGUUUGAAUUAUGAGAAAAAAUCUCUUCCUUUAGUCGCGCGAAAUCAUCCUGGUUUAGC